AACCAUGACCACAUUGAGGAAGUGAUGCUAUAGUGAUGAAUAGAGAUGCUGCUGUAUGGUGAGAAACUCAUAGUGCUGAGACACUCUGAAAGAGGAAAGAGACAGAAACAGAGCAGAGAGAGACAGAGAGACAGAGAGAGAGAUAGACACAGAGACAGACCUGAGAGAGAGAGAGAGACACUCUGAAAGAGGAAAGAGACAGAAACAGAGCAGAGAGAGACAGAGAGACAGAGAGAGAGAUAGACACAGAGACAGACCUGAGAGAGAGAGAGGGGAUCAUGGCUGAUGUCCCUCAAUCAUUUUUGGGAUUGCUUGUGACCGUUUUGUACCUGCUAACAGGUGUCAGUGGAGAACGUCUCUCUAUGUUCUCCAGAGUGGGAGAUAAUGUCAGUCUGCCGUGUAACAAUGUGGUUUAUCCAGACUGCUCCUCUACUACAUGGAUCUAUAACAGAGAUGGAUCUACUGGUAAUAUUGAAGAUGUCACAUUGGGGAAGAUCAACGUUGACCAGAAAGAGAGAGCAGAGAGACUGAGUUUAGGGUCUAACUGUUCUCUACAUGUUAGCAAUGUCAGGGCUGAGGAUGUUGGACUCUACCACUGUCAACAAUACCUUACAGAGACUGGACCAAAACAUGGAGGUGAUGCUCCUGUUCAUCUGUCUGUUCUAACUAUCUCCUCUACACCACCAGUGACAGAUCUGAAGCCUAAUGUAAUUAUGACAUUACGGUGUUCUCUGCUCACCGAUACGCAACAUGGAACAUGCUGGUCAGGAUUUAGUCUCAGCUGGGGCCCUAAAACAGGUACUAAAGCCCAGGUCACACGGGAUUCUUCCUGUGACAUCACUCUGACUGUGACACUCCAGAAGAAGGACAACAGCAGGAAGUGGACGUGCACACUGACUGAAAAGGGAAACAUGAAGAUCUCCAUUGACUUCACCUCCACAUUCUCAGAUAUAGAAGAAAAGACCACUGAUAGUGAUGAUGUCAUCUCUACUCUCCCAGGAAGUACAGCCUCUAUUACAAGACCAGCCUUGUCAACCACCUCCCCAUCUUCUGCUGGCUCUCAGAACCUCUUCCUUACGGUGACUGUAGGAGUGGCUUUGGCAGCAGUGGUGUGUGUCACUGCUGUUGUCAUCAUAGUACGCAGGAGGAGAGACAAGAAUCAAGUGCCAACUGAUAACAGCAUUGGUCUGAAUGCAGUAAACCACCCCACCCCACCAACCAAUGAGGACAAGAGUCAACCUGCUGACAGAAUCACCUAUGCCUCCAUUGACCACUUCAAUCAAAAUCCCCCUGAGAGAGUUGAUGCCCAAGGUGAAGAUGCAGUGAUGUAUGCCUCAGUUAUGCCCUAUUCUGGCAGAGGGAGAGAGACAGAGAACCCUGCUGACCCCAGCUCCCUCUACUCCAUGGUCAAGUACCCUCAGGGAGACAAGACAUAAGGAGAGACAGAGAACCCUGCUGACCCCAGCUCCCUCUACUCCACUGUCAAGUAACCUCAGGGAGACAAGACAUAAGGAGAGACAGAGAACCCUGCUGACCCCAGCUCCCUCUACUCCACUGUCAAGUAACCUCAGGGAGACAAGACAUAAGGAGAGACAGAGAACCCUGCUGACCCCAGCUCCCUCUACUCCACUGUCAAGUAACCUCAGGGAACCAAGACAUCAACAUGAAGACGACACUCUCUCAUUCACACCCUGAUUCCAGACCUGAUUUGGUUCUAGGACUAGAGAUUUUUGUGCUAUUAAUUAAAAGGGACAAUCUGCACGAGUUACAUCCAUUUAUGAACGUAUUAAUUAAUGAUGUACACAUUGACUCUAGAAAAAUAAAACGUAGAAAUGCCUCAUGAGUUUAGUUAAACUGUCAUAACCCAUCAGAACCCAAAAUAUAUGCUUGUUUUACUCCAAUGUUUGUAAACAACUGAAAUGUAUACAAACACAAUGUAUAGCCUCAAAACAUGGAUUAAACUAUAAUGUUGA